GGGGAGAUGCAGGCUUACCAAUACUGGCCUUUCUCCUCCUCAGAUCUAUACAACUGGAAAAAUAACAAUCCCCCUUUUUCUGAGGACCCCAYCCGACUUACAGGUUUAGUCGAGUCGCUGAUGUUUUCACACCAGCCCACUUGGGAUGACUGCCAACAACUUCUGGGGACUCUCUUCACAACAGAGGAACGAGAGAGAGUCCUCUUGGAAGCCAGAAAGAAUAUUCUUGGACCAGAUGGGAGACCAAACCAACUUCCUAACAUCAUCGAAGCUGGCUUCCCCUUAAACCGACCCAACUGGGACCCUAACACCUUUGAAGGUAGGGAGCAUCUGUCCACUUAUCGCUGGGCUCUUAUAGUGGAUUUCCAAGCUGCCGCUAGGCGGCCAACUAAUUUGGCCAAGGUAAGAGAGAUUAUUCAGGGACCCAAUGAAUCUCCCUCCAUGUUUCUGGAGAGAAUUAUGGAAGCAUAUAGGAGAUAUACUCCCUUUGAUCCUCAGGCAGAGGACAAAAAGGUAUCUGUUGCAAUGGCUUUUAUUGGGCAGGCUGCCCUAGAUAUUAAGAAAAAAUUACAGCGUUUAGAUGGAUUACAAGAUAUGACCUUAAGAUAUUUAGUUAAAGAAGCUGAGAAAGUAUAUUAUAAGAGAGAAACUGAGGAAGAGAGGGAACAGAGGAGGGAUAAGGAGAGGGAACAAAAGGAAGAUGAAAGGAGCAUAAGGCAAACUAAAGCAUUGGCUAAGGUCCUGGUCACAGCCACAGAUAGGCCAGAAGUUAAAAAGCAGGGAGACAGGAAGGGAUACCUGGGCCCACCCCAGGCUGCCCUGGCCUCAGAUCAAUGUGCCUACUGUAAAGAAAAGGGACACUGGGCCAAAGAGUGCCCCAAAAAGAAGCAGCUACGCCAGUCUGCCAUGCUGACUCUAGAAGAUGACUAGGAAAGUUGGGGCUUGGAUCCCCUCCCCGAGCUCAGGGUAACAUUUGAAGUGGAGGGGACCCCAGUGAACUUUGAAGUAGAUACAGGAGCAGUAUAUUCAGCCCUUAAGACCCCACUGGGCCCCCUAUCUAGUAAAAGAUACUUGGUUCAAGGGGCUAAUGGCAGUAAAUAUCGGGCUUGGACAACAAAGAGGACUAUGGACCUAGGAAGGGGAAAAGUCCACCACUCUUUCCUAGUAAUCCCAGAAUGCCCAGCCCCAUUGAUGGGAAGGGAUCUACUCACCAAGCUCCGGGCUAAAAUAACCUUUAACCCUGAUGGUCCUCAAGUGGAGUUUCUAAACCCUUCAGUAAAGACCCCCAUAGUCACGGCUUUGACUAUGUCAAUAGAAGAUGAACAUCAACUCUUCACGGCCCCUGGGACUGAUCAAACAGGUAGACUACCUCAGAGAUGAAUAAAAGAUUAUCCUGAUGCCUGGGCAGAAACUGCUGGGUUAGGUCUAGCCAUAAAACAACCUCCAAUAGUAGUAGAAUUAAAAGCCUCUGCAUCUCCAAUCAGUGUUAAACAAUAUCCUCUAAGCAAGGAAGCUAGGGAACGGGCAGAUGAAGAAGCUAAGUUGGCAGUCCUAAACGGAGCGACCCUGUUAACUGUUUCCACGCUGGGGGAACAACAACCAGGAGACUUGGCUGCACAGGAACAUUCAGGCAACUUAUCGUCUGGGGACACAGACACAGAACUCUGGGAUCUCGCAGAGCCUAGUUUACAAUUUCAAAAAGCCCAACUUUACGUCAAAGAUGUACACCAGCUCAUCCAUUUAGGCUCAAAGAAGUUACAUGCACUCUUAAAAGACAAAAGAAAGGACUUAUUGUUGACUGACUCGCAGAGGAAAGAAAUAGCUGAACAGGUGACUAGAACUUGUCAAGUCUGCCAAUUAGUUAAUGAAUACCCAUCCAAGCUUCCUGUAGGGAAGCGUUUACGAGGGACCAGACCCGGACAAUUCUGGGAAGUGGACUUUACUGAAAUUAAGCCAGCAAGGUAUGGACUUAAGUAUCUCCUAGGCUUUGUAGAUACUUUUUCAGGAUGGGUCAAAGCCUUCCCCACGAAGAAAGAAACGGCUCAGAUGGUGGUCAAAAAGAUUCUAGAACACAUCUUUCCAAGAUUUGGACUGCCUAAGGUAAUGGGGUUCGAUAACCCAUUUGUGGCCCAGGUAAGUCAGGGAUUGGCCAGGACCCUGGGGAUUAAUUGGAAGUUAUAUUGUGCCUAUAGACCCCAGAGUUCAGGACAGGUAGAAAGGAUGAAUAGAACCAUCAAAGAGACCUUAACGAAAUUAAGCUUGGAGACUGGCAAAAAAGAUUGGACUCUGCUCCUACCUUAUGCACUGUUUCGUGCAAGAAAUACCCCCUCCUUCUCUUUGUGUAACCUCACCCCCUAUGAAAUUCUCUAUGGUGCUCCUCCUCCAAUCAGGGACCUAACCCCAACCCUGAGACUUAACGAUUCCUUUCACACCCCCUUGCUUAACAGACUUAAAGCCCUUGAACACACCCAGCGAUACCUGUGGAAACAGUUGGCCACUGCCUAUCAGCCCAGAUACAGGGGAACCCCACACCGAUAUCAAGUGGGAGACUACGUCUACGUGAGAUGGCAUCAGGUGUCAUCCCUGGAACCCCGCUGGAAAGGACCAUACCAGGUGCUGCUUAUAACACCUACAUUGGUGAAAGUGGAUGGGAUUGCUCCCUGGAUCCAUGCCUCCCACCUCAAGCCUGCCCCCUGUCCAGACUCCGGCUGGAAACUGGAAAAGACUGGUAACCCUCUCAAGUUGCGUGUCCGUCGUGUGGGUAGAGCUAUGGAUUCUUCCCCUGACCACCAGCAGUCCUAA